AUGGAGUUCGCCGAGCGGCGCACGCGGCUCAUCCAGCAUCUUCUCCUUGCGCGGCGCCGGCGCCGGCACCUCCGGCCGCGCAGCAAGGGCGAGACCCAGCUCGGCCGGGGGGAUGUUCUCUUUGCCGCGGCCGGCGGCGUCAGCCUUGCGCUCGUCGUCGCUGAUGUCCAGCACGCAGGUGGAGUGCUGCAUGAGGUUGGUGAGCUCGUCCUGCUCGGAGUCGACGUGGAUGUCGAAGGCCCACGACGCGGGGGUGGCUUUAGCGCUCGCGGAGGCCUUGGGCUUCCCGCCGGACAGCGCGGUGGCGAUGGAGAAAGGGCGUUUGACGGUCCUGCGGGAUGCCGGGGCGGAGGCGGUUUUGGCAAUGGUGGAGCGACGGGGGGAGGGGCGCACCGACUGAGGGGAGCGGCCCAUGGGCUUGAUGGGCGCGGGCGAUUUGCAUGGGGCGGUCGUCGCCGUCUGCAAUGGCUUGCGCGGCGUGGUCGGAAUGGUGGUGGUGGUGGUGGUGGUGGACUUGCGCGGCGGCGGGUUAGCCGCGACGGUGGUCAGGGCCAUGCGCGAGGCCUUGAUGGGCUUGGUCGGGCCGUGGGCCUUGAGGGAGUCGGUGUCGUCGGCGUCCUCGUCGCAGCCGCGUUUGCGUUUGGCGGCAAGACGCGUGACAGGGUCGAUGUUUUCGGCGUCCAUGACGGACAGCGGUUGUCUCUUGGAUGCGAGAAGGCCUGA